AUGUCGCAGAUCAACGGCGUCAUAAACGGUCGGCUCAACGGCAACGGACCAAAUCAUACCAACCUUGCCGCUGAUAUCGUCGUGGACUGCCUGAUAGUCGGAACUGGCCCAGCAGGCAGCUCCCUGGCAUGUUUUCUGGCGCAACAUGGUUUGACGGGUUUGCUUGUGAGCCAGGAUUCUACUAAUGCAGAUACACCCAGGGCGCACAUUACCAACAUGGCAGCGCUUGACUGUCUGCGAGACAUCGGCAUAGAUAAAGAGUGCUACAAAGUUGGCACACAGGGAGAUUGCAUGGUUCAUACACGCUGGUGCAAUAGCAUGGCAGGAGAAGAGUAUGCUCGCAUUUAUUCUUGGGGCAAUGAUCCGAGACGAAAGGGUGAUUACACGCUGGCGAGUCCAUCUGAGCCUUUGGAUCUUCCUCAAACAUUAAUGGAACCCUUGCUGGUGAGGUAUUCGACACUCAACGGCUUCAAGGUUAAGUGGGAUACACGACUUGUUCGAUUUAUACAAGAACCACAAGGAGGCGUCAAAGCCACACUGAAUGACAAAACUACCGGCCAAGACUACCACGUUCGGGCUAAGUAUCUAUUUGGUGCAGAUGGUGCACGAAGUCCUAUUGUUGAGCAAUUAGGACUUCCCCUGAUUAAGCGACCCGCUCAAGGAUUCGCAGUCAAUAUUCUAAUGGAAGCCGACUUGUCACAUCUAAUGGAAAACCGAAUGGGUAAUCUUCACUGGAUCCUUACUCCUGAUAAAGAGCAUACUGACUAUGCCUGGAUCGCUUGUAUGCGUAUGGUAAAACCCUGGCACGAAUGGUUGUGCAUCAUUAUACCCGCACCAACGGCAGAGAGGAAGGUACGAUCGAACGACGAGUAUAUAAGCCGCAUUCGAGAAUUUAUAGGAGACGACUCUGUUGAAAUUGAAAUUAAAGGUGUCUCGACUUGGGUAAUCAAUGAGACUGUGGCAGAAGUGUAUUCUAAAGGAGAUGUUUACUGCCUCGGUGACGCUGUGCACCGUCAUCCUCCGAACCACGGUUUGGGUUCGAAUACCUGUAUUCAAGACGCUCAUAACUUGGCAUGGAAAAUUGCCUAUACUGAGAAAGGUAUCGCCGGAAAGGACCUACUGAAUAGCUAUAGUAUCGAACGGCAACCCGUGGGUCUAGAUGUGGUUACACAAGCAAAUGCAUCUCUUCGUAAUCACGGCAAGAUAUGGGGCAUUCUCGGGAAUCUAGAGCCAACUGUCGCUGCACGAACGGAAGCCUUUAACGUUUUGAAGGAGGAUUCUGACAGAGGAAGGGAACGCCGACAGGCGCUACAGGACGCCUUACAACUUCUCGACAGAGAAGAGCAUGGACUCGGCAUUGAAAUGAACCAACGGUACGACUCGACUGCUGUGUACAAGUCGGACCAAAAAGAAAAUCCUCCUUCAUUUAUAACCGAUCCAUUAGAGCAUUACCACCCCACAACGUACCCUGGUGCAAGACUACCGCAUGUCUGGUUGAGUCGCACCGUCCCAUCCAAGCCAAUCUCGACGAUUGAUCUCGCUGGAAAAGGACGAUUUGCUCUAUUCACAGGUAUCGGGGGUUCUGCUUGGAGAAGUGCAACAGAAAAGCUAUCUUCGGAUCUGGGUAUACCGAUCACCACCUACAGUAUUGGAUUCAGACAAGAAUAUGAAGAUCGAUAUAUGGACUGGGCCAAGAUCAGAGGGGUUGGUGAAUCUGGCUGUGUCCUCGUAAGGCCCGAUUUCUUUGUGGCAUGGAGGAGCCAGCAGUGGGAGCAAGACAGUGCGGAAAAGUUGAAUUCUGUCAUACGGUCGAUCUUGUCCCGCUGCUAA